CAUGUAACAUUGCGGUUGGGAUUUGAGUGUGUUGUCUAGUCGCACACGUGUUUUGUGUGUCCACUCCGUGUUUUUAUAUUUUUGUACUUGAUCUUUGCCUCUAACAGGCUAGUACAUUGCAUGAAAAUGGAAGACGAGCAAAUGGAAGUGGAAAAUGACGAGGAGAUGGUGGAGGACGGUACGCCAGCGGAGAAGACUGCGAGAAAAGUGUACCUGCCUGGAAAGCCGCUGAACGAGGGAGAAGUUUUGGAAUGCGAUGACUCGGUUUACCUCAUGAGGCAUGAGUGCAAAGCGGGAUCACCAUGUCUUAGUUUUGACAUCAUCAAGGACAAUUUAGGUGACAACAGAGAGGCGUUCCCUCACACUGCAUACAUUGUUGGUGGCACACAGUCCCCGAAGAAAGGCGACAACUGCCUUUUAGUGAUAAAGAUGUCCAAUUUGGUGAAAACCCAAAUUAAAGAUGAUGACUCUAGUGACGAGGACGAUGAAUCUGAAGAUGAAGACAACGAUGAAGUCAGUGAAAGCAAGAAGCCUAUUAUGCAUUUCUCAAUAUUGAAACAUUUGGGUUGUGUGAACAGAGUCAGGAGUAUGGAAAUUAAUGGGACUGUUCUUGCUGCAUCUUGGUCUGAACUAGCACGUGUCUCAAUUUGGAACCUCAACAAACCAAUUCGUGAUGUUGAGCUGAACAAACAGUUGCCGAAAAAAGUCAAGAGAGAAGGAUAUGGUAAGAUGGCAAACUCAGUUUCCCCCGAGUUUAUCUUCACUGGCCAUCAAACUGAAGGUUAUGGCAUUGAUUGGAGUCCGACUAUGCCAGGUGUUCUGGCUACUGGUGACUGUACAAAACAUAUUCAUGUUUGGACUCCUGAUGACAACCUCUCUUCUUGGAAGGUGGACCAGCGUCCACUUAUGGGACACACAGAUUCGGUUGAGGAUUUGCAGUGGUCUCCUAACGAACCCCAUGUUCUGGCUUCAUGCUCGGUUGACAAGAGCAUUCGCAUUUGGGAUACGAGAGCAGCCCCCAACAAAGCAAAUCAGCUUACCGUAGCUGGAGCUCAUUUGUCAGAUGUUAAUGUUAUCAGCUGGAAUAAGAAAGAACCAUUCAUUAUCUCAGGUGGAGAUGAUGGCUUCCUCCACAUUUGGGAUUUGCGUCAAUUUAAGGCUGGUGCUUCUGUUGCAACAUUCAAGCAUCAUACCCAGCCGGUGACUACUGUAGAAUGGCACCCCACUGAGCCCAGUGUGUUUGCAUCUGGAGGAGCUGACAACCAGAUAGCACUUUGGGACCUAUCUGUAGAAAAAGAUUCUGAUACAGCCAAUGAGGAAGACAUUCAGGAACUUCCACCUCAACUUCUAUUCAUUCAUCAAGGACAGAGAGAUAUCAAAGAACUCCACUGGCAUCCUCAAAUCACAUCUUCUAUUAUCAGUACAGCUCAGAAUGGUUUCAAUGUAUUCCGGACAAUAAGUGUUUAGCAAGUAAAUUUAUAUGUAUAUUUAUAUCUUAUCUUAUUUUCAAUUGGAUAUUCGUCCUUAAGUUAUAAGACAUCAUUUCUAUAGAAUGAACUGAAGGCUGUUAAUAAAUUAAACAAAGCACAGGAG